AUGUCCACGACGGAAUCCGCCACCUCACAUCCUACCACAACUACUCAAUCGACUACAACACAAGACACCACAACGAUGUCCACCACGGAAUCCACUACCUCACAUCCAACCACAACUACUCAAUCAACUACUACACAAGACGCCACAACGAUGUCCACGACGGAAUCCGCCACCUCACAUCCUACCACAACUACUCAAUCAACUACAACACAAGACACCACCACUGAAUCCGCCACCUCACAUCCUACCACAACUACUCAUAGUAUCAUCAGGUGUUUUAUAUCUUAUUUAUUCUUCAGAAUCAACUACAACACAAGACGCAACAACGAUGUCCACGACGAACUCCGCCACAUCACAUCCUACCACAACUACUCAAUCAACUACAACACAAGACACCACCACGGAAUCCGCCACCUCACAACCUACCACAACUACUCAAUCAACUACAACACAAGACCCCACAACGAUGUCCACGACGAACUCCGCCACAUCACAUCCUACCACAACUACUCAAUCAACUACAACACAAGACACCACCACGGAAUCCGCCACCUCAUAUCCUACCACAACUACUCAAUCAACUACAACACAAGACGCCACAACGAUGUCCACGACGGAUUCCGCCACCUCACAUCCUACCACAACUACUCAAUCAACUACAACACAAGACACCACAACGAUGUCCACCACGAACUCCGCCACCUCACAUCCUACCACAACUACUCAAUCAACUACAACACAAGACGCCACAACGAUGUCCACGACGGACUCCGCCACCUCACAUCCUUCGACAACUACUCAAUCAACUACAACACAAGACGCCACAACGAUGUCCACGACGGACUCCGCCACCUCACAUCCUACCACAACUACUCAAUCAACUACAACACAAGACACCACAACGAUGUCCACGACGGAUUCCGCCACCUCACAUCCUACCACAACUACUCAAUCAACUACAACACAAGACACCACAACGAUGUCCACCACGAACUCCGCCACCUCACAUCCUACCACAACUACUCAAUCAACUACAACACAAGACGCCACAACGAUGUCCACGACGGACUCCGCCACCUCACAUCCUUCGACAACUACUCGUAUUAA